AGACUACUUGUUAACAACAACAAAGUAACAAAAGUGAACCCGUCUUCUCUACAAACUUAUGUCUGUCUCUUUUUCCUCUUCGACUCAGAAAUUUUAUGUGUUUCUGAGUUUCCGAGGUCAGGAAACCCGAAGAACCUUUGUGAGCCAUCUUCGCUAGGCAUCACAACUCUUGAAGAUGAAAACGAGUUGAGAGGAGCCGAACCGGAUCCUUCUGUCGUCGAUCAGACUAUUGGAGAGUCAAAAGUGGUCGUUGUUUUAAUUUCGGAGAAGUAUGCCUCCUCGCCUUUGUGCCUGCGAAGCCUCGUUAGGAUUCUGGGAUUUUACCACUCGGGUUCCCUCCAUGUAAUACCAGUCUUCUAUGAUAUUGAACCUUGUGAUGUAAGAAAACAGAGUGGGAAACUAUGGGAACCAUUCUCGUUACACGAGAGAGAACAUCCUGCGAAUGUGCAAACAUGGAGGCAAACACUUUCCCAACUAGCCGACAUUCCCACAUGCCAAUUUGGGGCACACGUGGCAUCGGCAAGAGUGCGUUUGCAAGUUACCUCUAUGAAGAGAUCUCGCACCAUUUUGAUAUCCAUGUCUGGCAAGAUAUUUUUCAACUACGUCCUAGAGAUGAUUUUAGCCUCUACUACUAUAACCGAGAUUUGA